GGCAACGGCAUAUCCGCCAGUGACAUCAAGAAGAUCAUCGAAGGAGGCUACAACACCGUCGAAUCAGUCGCCUACACCCCCAAACGCACCCUCCUCGCCAUCAAAGGUAUCUCCGAAGCCAAAGCCGACAAAAUCCUCGCGGAGGCGUCAAAAAUGGUUCCCAUGGGUUUCACAACCGCGACAGAGUACCAUCAGCGCCGGAGCGAGUUGA